AUGUGCAUAUUUAAUAUAAAAGAAAUAAAAUUUUAACAGAGAUAAUAGACAAACAUCAAAAAGAUUUAGAAAAAAAUCAAUUCAUUUUUACAUGCUAUGAUUGGUUUUUCCAUCAGACAUCUCAUCAGGAAUCAACAUUUAAGAUCAAAAAUACUCUUACAUUUUGCUUAACUUUUUAAUUUUUAGAGCAAAAAUAAGGUGAGCCCUCUCUUUCAAACAAAAUAAAACCUAAUAGAUAACAUAAAUAAGAUUCAUGUUUAACAAACAUACUUUAUUUAUAUAAUCUACUUUCUACUUUAUAUAAAUAUGACAUCAUCUAUUUUUCAUCAAAUAAAGCAAAAGCAAGUAGAGGCAAGAAAGAGUACGAAAAUUUUAUUGAUAUGCCUUUUUAAAUUUAAAAUCAGUCCAGCAAGUGUAUGUAGCAAAUACAAACACAUGAAAGACAUAUAAACAUACACAAAUCAUUUAUUAAAUUCUCUCUAUUUAAGGAAACAUGAAAAAGAUCAAAAAAUUGAACUAAGUAAUUAAAGAGAAAUUAAGAAGAAAAAUUCUAAAAGUAACACGUUAUAAAAUUUUAUUUUCCUCUAAAUAAAAGAGAAAACAAAGAUAUUAUUUGCUUGCAGAUCAUGA